GGCCAGCAAGCGCAACAAUUGAACAAACCUAAGCGCAAAGAUGUCUCAACCUACAACACUAGCUGAAUCGGAACGUUCCUGCAUCUACAGCCCUACCAACCGUAUUCCCCCACUCUAAAAAUUCAACCGAUCUCUAAGACGGACGUUAAUUAUUAUUCUAACAUUCAAACUGCAACUGUAAAAAGCGCAACCUUUUAAUUAUAAUAUUAUCUAAAUUGGAGUCAGAUAUUUCAUUUAAAUACAACCCCAAACAUUUGGAGACCUCCGACGUGAUCCUACAAGAAGAACGAUCCGCAACGAGCAAGGAUUGACAAUCAAAGGAAAGGUGCAAGGAGAAAUAUAAAAUCAUUGGAGGGCCAUCCACCAAGAGCUUGAAGCCAGCCGGUCAGCCUACAGCCUACGAGCAGCGCCGCAGCCAGUGCUUAGCCAGGAAAGUGCCUCAUUCCAUCUGUUUUCCCACCUACUAUUCCCACUUUCAAUCCCAACUUCACUGAAGAGGGUUGAUAGUUUGCUCAUUUGUUAGGUUCCAUUCUUUUAUUUAAUUUAUUCUAUUUCUUUAAUUCUACACUUAUUUCCAUAUUUUUCAUUUUAGCCUAUAUUAAAACACUGAAAUCUUAUUUCAUUCACAUUUGCACAGGUUUUAUUCUAUCUAAAACGAUCAAUUAAUUGGUAUCCGCCAUUUGCUAAUCACUUACUUAGUUGUGUUGUGUGGGUAAGACGUUAUUUCGUCGCAUGAGAUAACGUAAAACCAAAGGCAAGAUCAUAUCGGCUUAUCAUAUCAUAAUUACUUGUGCAAGUGCUAAAUAGAUAUUUUUCGUAAACACAUUUCUUUGUGCAUUCCAGUUCCGCAUCGUGUUAUCUUGUCAGCGUCGUCGCCUACGCAGCUGUUUCGCUGACCUUGACCUCAUUAACGGAGUGUGGUUUAUUAGCCGGCCGGACUGCAUAAGUUACGUAUUGUUUGCUUAUUAUUUUGAUUCCUUCUUCAAAGUUUUGGUUUUAAAUCCGUUUUAAAGUUUGAUUCAGUGUUUUAGCUAUUAUAAUGUCUCAUACUAGUGAGCGUUCAAGUAAAUUACAAGUGGAAAGUGCUAAAAUUCCGGUGCCUAGUGUGUCUGUGUCUAAUUUAAACAUAAAGGAUUUGUGUACGAAACGAAGCUCAAUAAAAGGUAGGAUUACCAAGUACAAGAAUUACCUAAACACAUUCUUUGAUCCUAGCAAGACCUUUUCGUCCACUGAUAUAAGUAUUCUUAAUCAAAGAUUCCAAAGGUUUGAGGAGUUGUGCACUACGUUUGAUGAUAUUCAAUCAGAGAUCGAACUGUUUAAUUCUUCAAACUUGGACAGUGAACUUGACAUCAGGGAUGAAAUGGAAUUAGAUUUUUCUACAUUAAUUGCUCGAACUCGCGUGUUUUUAGAUGCAAAUCAACCACAUGAAAAUAAUUUUAGUUCCGCACAUUCCGAAAGUAAUUCUUGUCAACAUAGUAACGAUAAUCAUGUGGGUUUUAAACUGCCAGUGAUAAAAAUAAAUAACUUUAACGGAACUUAUUUCAAGUGGCUCGAGUUUCGGGAUACUUUUAUGUCGUUAAUACAUAAUAACAAUAAAAUUGAGGACGUACACAAAUUCCACUAUCUCAACUCGUACUUGGAGGGAGAAGCAGCCCUUGUUAUUAGUAAUUUAGAGGUUAGUUCCGCCAAUUACAAGGAAGCUUGGCAUCUCCUCUGCGAGAGAUAUAACAACGAAGAUCAACUCAUAGAUUACCAUUUCGAUUCACUGCUUAAUUUUCAAAAUGCACCUCGUGAGUCAUCAAAGGCAUUAAAAUUCAUAAUUGAUCAUGUAUCAAAGAACUUACGGGCUCUAAAUACGCUAGGUGAACCAAUCGCACAUUGGGAUUCCUUAAUUAUCCGUUUGGUCUUAGCAAAACUUGACAACAGCAGCAAGUUCAAGUGGCAAGAACAUAGAAAGGUUCUCAAUGCCAAGCCUUCUCUGAAAGAUUUCUUCCAAUUUCUUAAAAAUCGUGCCGACAUUAUUGAGUCUGUCCGAGUUAAUAAGGUUGAACACCAUAGUAACAACAGUAGUAAUUCUAAGCCUGAAAAAUCUCACGCAAAGGCAUUUGCUGUUUCAGCUGCUCCUGGCUCUUCUGCUGCUGCGUGUGUCUUCUGCGGUGGCAGUCAUCGCAUCUACGACUGCUCCACAUUUUUGGCUAAAUCUGUGGAGGACAGAAAGACGGAAGCAGUGCGGUUAAAGCUAUGUAUAAACUGUUUACGUAAGGGACAUUCUUCUCGUCAAUGCAGGUUAGGCCCUUGCACUAUUUGUAAGAAAUAUCAUAAUGGUUUACUACAUAGACAAAAUACUCAAACUGUUAAUGUGGCAAAUGUACAACCGUCUACUUCUGUGACUGAUGUUGAGGUUCAGCAGGAUUCAUGUGACGGUACCAACAACGUAGUGAACAAUAUGUCACUACUUACUAACAAUUGUAUGUUGUUAUCCACGGCGAUAGUGGAUAUUUAUAAUCCAGUUUCUAAGAAGCAUUUUACUGUUCGUGCACUGCUAGAUAGCGGGAGUCAAUGUUCAUUAAUAACAGAUAGGUUAAAAAACAAAUUGCAAUUGACUUCUCAGCCCACCAGUGUCGACAUAAUUGGGGUAGGUAAUAUGACCCUCUCUAAUGCAGUACAAAGAUGUACUAUUCAUGUUAAAUCAAAACAUAGCAACUAUGAUGUAAACAUAACUUGUCUUGUACUUCCACAUAUUUCCGGAAGCAUACCUAACAAGUCUAUAGACAUUUCACAAAUAAAAUUACCCUCGAACAUUAAACUUGCUGACCCUACGUUCAACAUAUCUGCACCUAUAGAUUUGUUGAUAGGGACUGAUAUUUUUUGGUCUAUAAUUGAGUCUACUCAAAUUAGUCUCGGCCCUAACCAACCUAUAAUGCGUAAAACUAAGUUAGGUUGGAUAUUAGCAGGCCCAUUAUUUUCAAGAAAUCAAAUUAAGUCUAAAUCCGUGCAGUGCAAUCAUGUAAACUUCACCUGCACUAGUAGUAACUGCAUUUCAAACAAAUCAUUAAAUGAAAGAUUAACUGAUUUUUGGAAAUUAGAACAAAUUCCUUCUUCUUCUGUAGUAGUAAACACAGAGGAGGAAAUCCAGUGUGAGAAGGAUUUUGUCACAAAUACUUUUCGCAGUCAAGAUGGAAGGUUUAAUGUCAAACUUCCUCUUCUCUCUCAACCAGAUUGCUUAGGCGAUUCUUACAAAAAAGCCAAAAGGCAAUUUUUUACAUUAGAAAAAAGAUUUAGUAAAAAUCCCAUGUUGAAACAAAUGUAUUGUGAUUUUAUAAAGGAAUAUUCGGAUCUAGGUCAUUUGUCGCCGUCUUGUAUUUUGGUUCCCGAACAUUCAUAUUUCAUACCACAUCAUGCUGUUUUGAAGCCUACAAGUGAGUCAACGAAACUACGUGUUGUUUUUAAUGGUAGUGCUAAAACUAGUUCCGGGUUCUCAAUUAAUGAUAUACAAAUGACUGGCCCGCACAUUCAAGAUUCCUUAUUUAAUAUCUUACUCAGGUUCCGUCAACAUACUUAUGUACUGUCCGGAGAUGUUGAGAAAAUGUACCGGCAGGUUCAAGUUCAGGAAUGUCAUCGUAACUUACAAAUGAUCAUUUGGCGCGAUCAUGAUGCUGAUCCUUUAAAAUCAUUACGACUUAAUACUGUCACCUACGGGUUGAAAAGUUCUAGUUUUUUGAGCACUCGCUGCUUGUGGCAGUUGGGUGACGAAUGUAGCGACUCAAAGAUAAAAAAUAUAAUUCAAAACGAUUUUCUAGUCGAUGAUUUAUUGACCGGUAGUGAUUGUGCAGAUGAAUUACUUCAUAUCAAAUUAUCUGUAGAAAAUGCUUUAUCUAAAGGUUGUUUUUACUUACGCAAAUAUCGUAGUAAUUUACCAAACAUAUUACCUGAUAAUAGCAGUACUCAAAGUAAAUUAAUUUUAAGUUCAUCGUCACAUACAUUAGGUGUAGGCUGGGAUCCGAAUGAUGAUUAUAUUCACUUUCCCAAUAGCUAUGAAAACAAUACAGAUAAACCUACUAAACGUUCAAUUUUAUCAGACACUUGCAAGGUAUUUGACCCUCUUGGUUUAUUGAGUCCCCUCACAAUUAAGCCGAAAAUUUUAAUACAAAAAUUAUGGGUACAAAAAAUAGAUUGGGACGAACCGGCACCCUACGACAUAUGCAAAUCAUGGUACUCGUUUAUCGAGAACAUGAAGCAUCUAUACACACUACGUAUACCUAGGCACACUUUAUGUAGGUUCCCUGUUCAAAUUGAAAUGCAUUGCUUUUGCGACGCUUCACAAAGCGCAUAUGCAGCGUGUAUUUAUUUAAGAUCUGUGGAUAGGCAGGGUAAUGUUAUAGUUAGAUUGCAGUGUGCCAAGGCCCGAGUAGCUUCUGUCAAGCCAACAACUAUUCCUCGCUUAGAAUUAUGCGCAUGUUUACUGGGUGCGCAGCUCGCGGACGCCUUGUGUCGCGCCCUGCGAUGUGUGAUACAACGGAGGAUGUUUUGGACUGAUUCAUCAAUCGCACUCACGUGGUUAGCUUCGCGAUAUGACAAGCUAGAAACAUUUGUAGCUAAUAGGGUAGGGACAAUAUUAGAACUCACUCAAGUGUCUGACUGGAGGCACGUACCCACCGCAUCGAAUCCUGCUGAUUUAGCAUCUCGCGGUGUAGACGCCGACAAAAUUAAUAAUUUGAGUUUGUGGUGGAAUGGGCCCACUUUUCUUACCGAACCAGAAUCAUUUUGGCCUUCACGCCAAUUUAAAAAAUGUACUGAUAUUGAUUUCCCUGAAAUAAAUGUCAAUAAUAUUGUUACUCAAGAUAAUGGCAUAAAUAAACAACAACUUAUAGAUUUUAACCGUUAUUCCAAUUUAAAAUUUCUUCAACGUUCAUUUGCUUAUGUACUUAGAUUUAUUUUCAAUUGUCGUAAUUCACAAAUUAGAAAAUCUGGCAUUUUACAGCCCGAAGAGCUUUCAGCUUCGUUUGUUAGCUUAGUACGCUUAGCUCAACAAGAACUAUUUUCAAGGGAAAUAGCAAUUCUUUCUAGUAAAGGUAUUUUGUCUUCUAAGAGUCCUUUAUUAUGCUUAAAUCCUUUUAUUGACGAAAAUUAUGUCCUAAGGGUGGGAGGACGUUUAGAAUCCUCAUGCUACAGUUUUGAAAAACGUCACCCCAUGCUAUUACAUAAGAAGCAUAGACUUACCAAGUUAUUAUUUGAACAAGAACACUUGCGACUUCUGCAUGCUGGUCCGCAGCUGCUUCUGUCUUCUGUAAGAGACUUUGUUUGGCCUAUAGCUGGCAGAGAUCUCGCUCGCACCACUGCAAGGCAUUGCGUAGUUUGCAGAAGGGCCAGCGGAAAAACGUUGACACCUAUGAUGGGGGCGUUGCCACCACAACGGGUAAAUCCUGAUUUUCCUUUCACUGCUGCUGGUGUCGAUUUUGCUGGACCGUUCCUUAUAACGGAUCGUAAAGGCAGAGGUUGUAAGAUAACAAAAUGUUAUCUCUGUGUUUUUGUAUGUCUCCGAUUUAAAUGCCUACAUUUAGAAGCCGUAAGUGAAUUGUCCACAGAUGCCUUCUUAUUAUCCCUACGCCGUUUUAUCUCCCGCCGGGGAAAGCCAGUUGAAAUUUUCUGCGAUAAUGGCAGAAACUUUUUAGGAGCUUCUAAAGAAAUAGUCCCGAUGAUCUCCAGACCCUUACCCCGGGACACUUCCUGAUAGGCAGGCCACUGAUGUCCCUGCCGUCGCCUUCGUUCUCGACAUCGGAGUCACAUGGGCCGAUACGUGAUCGCUAUAAACACUUAGAGGUGCUACGUCAACACUUUUGGAAUAGAUGGCAACUGGAAUACAUAGCGGAACUUCAGCAAAG